AUGAUGAAGAGUAAUAGUACAAGCGGUGUUGGUGGAAGCACUACAUCAUCUACAUCAUCAUCAUCAUCAUCAUCAUCGUCUACAUCAUCAAGACUUGCAGCUCCAGCAAAGCAAGACCUUUCUCCCAUCAAUUAUGACAGUGAAAGAGAGCUACAGAGACAGUUUGAGGACAUUGCCAAUGAGUUCAAGAUGAAGGACUCACGUGAUUGGUCAUACAGAUACAAAGCAUUGAUACAGCUUCAAAAGAUAUUGGCUGGCAAUGCCAUCGAAUUCAAGUCAUUCAUGCCCCAGCUGCGCGCUCUAUCACCUGGUCUCGUCGAGCAGGUCACUGAGCUUCGAUCAACAAUCGUCAAGGAGGCAUGCGCUGCCGUCACUCUUGCUGCCACCCGACUGAAGGCUCGAUUCGAACCAUUGGCCCUUCUCUAUGUUCAAGCUUUGCUCAAGGUAGUGAUCGUCAAGGUGGCAAUCAUUGCCGAGGCAGCACACUCCACCCUCAAAGCGAUAUUGUCUUCAGUGCCUACCAAGGGUCUGUUGGCAAGUAUCCUGAUAGCGUCGGGUGACCAACACAACGAGUCAUUGAGAAGACGAGCGUGUGAUUAUCUACUCCAGAUCCUGGGCAGGGCAAUCGAGGAGCCAGGAAUGGUGCUCAUGUCAUCGGUGCCAUCUGUUGAGUCAUCAAUCUCCAAGUUGCUGGUCGACGGUGGCUCUGACAUUCGUGUCAAUGCACGACUCUGUUUCUGGGCAUAUCUAGAGCUUUCUGAAGAGCGUGCUCUCGCUAUGCUCUACGAUUACACGUCCACAACACAGAAGAACUUAUUCUCAAUGGUCGAUACACUGCCACAAUCACAGAAGGAUCUGGCCACCAAGAUACAGCAAUCAAUAUUACAGGAGGAUCAAGACCAACUGUUGGUCGGUGAGAGCACAGAUCUUGACUUUGAUAUGAGUGAUUUCAAGAAGGAGCCAGUACAAUCAACACAGCCAACAACACAGCCAACGACAAGAGCAAAGACUCCGACCAGUUCAUCCACCAUACCAUCAGGCAGACAGUCAGGUCUCAAGGGAAGGGUACCGACAGGCACAUCAUCCACCACCACCACUUCGUCCACUUCGACGUCAUCUAUACCACAACGAAGAUCAGGAUCAUCACUUGGAAUGACAGCACCAUCUAUACCAAGAAGCAAGAGCAGUCUAGGAAUCAACAAAUCAACAGGCAGCAGCAGCAGUAGCACAUCAUCAUCAUCACCAUCGAUCUCAUCAAAGGCCUCCUCCAGUAGUCCAAAUGUUUCAUCGUCCAACCUCUCGGGAAGAUACAGUAGCAUUGGAUCGAGAAUAUCACAACCGAGUCCAGCCAGCGGCAAGUCCUCACUGGCUCAGACACUAAAAACAUCGCAGACAAAAGCAGCGGCCAUAUCAUCAUACCAACAGAAGCAACAACAACCACCUCCAUCUCUCACCAAGUCAAAGAGCAACCCAUCGUUGACAUCAUCCACCUCAUCAACUACCACCACCACCGCAUCAUCAUCGUCAACUGCACCACCCAAACCAAUUGGAAGAUCAGUAUCAUCACCAACUACAGGCACCUUGCUCAAGAAGUCUGCUGCAACACCACCAUCAACAAGCACGACGACAACUACGACAACUACCACCACCGCGACUUCAUUGUCUCGGUCUGCGAUCAGCCCUACCUCCAACACAAAGGUACCUGCCUCAACACAACUUUCAAAGAGCACGAUUGAGACAUCAUCAGCAUCAUCAUCAUCAUCGAGGACUCUGGAAGCACUGACACAGAGAGUAAAAGCAUUGAAUGAUGCUCCACCAACAGCGAAAAAGACCAGUCGAAAGUCAAUAGAGAUCAAUGAUGGCAACCAGGUGAUUAACGAGGCAGAGUUGUUAUUGAACAGGAGUGUUGGCGAUAUUGGCGAUGUGGAGGACCUCAUACAGUACAGCAAUACGUUGGUAGAGUCAUUGGCCAACAUCGAGUCUGAGAUUGACUCUCUCAAUCCAGACUCUAGCCAAUUCAAAGAGAUCUCUGACGCGUUGGAAGACAAUCUGCUCGAUGCCAAGAGAGGACUAUCAUUGAUUGACGACGACGUUGGCAAUGAGUUGAGAUUAGAGGACCUGGAACUCGAUGACAUUGUCACUGGCGGUGGCGGCAAUGGUGCAGAUGGAGUGGUGGAUAUCAGCAGCAAUGGUGUCAAACCGAUUGGUAGCAACAACAACAACAACAAACGACAGAGCACCAAGCUAAAGAGGAACAAUAGCAAUGAGAACUUCAAUUGGAUAGAGGAUUCUGUCGACCAAGGAUUGAUUGAGGAUGAUCUGUUGGAUUUCGACGACGAUGACGACCUCAUCAACAAUGACCGACACAACCUAAUUGUUGCUGAGGAUUCCAACGAGUUUGGUAAAGCAAACGGUGUUGGUGGUGGUGGUAGUAUACUGGAUACAUUGGAGUCAAGUUAG